AACUGGCUUUUCCCUUUUCAUCCCUCAAACUUCUCCCUCUUCGAUUCGUAUUUCUCAAUUCCAUCGCUAUAUAAGCGGCCGCCAUUCUUAGGGUUGUGCACGCUGCUCUCGAACUAUUGAGGCCCCAGUGAAGACAUGAGGUGCUUAACCUUCGAAUCCGGGGUCGCUUUUCUACUCUAUUUGCUUCUUCAUUCCGCUGCCGGAGGCUAUGCCGGCGGCGUGCAACCUUUGUCGAACGUGGCUAUCCACAAGGCACGGCUCGCCUUGGAAGACGCGGCCUACGUCAAGGCCUCGCCGGUGCGCCUCGGACUUGAGGGUGAAGAUACUCAAUGGGUCACAGUGGAGAUUGUAAACCCCAAACCAACUCAAGAUGAUUGGAUUGGAGUAUUUUCUCCAGCGAAAUUUAACUCUUCAAACUGUCCUGCCGAGAAUAAGCAAGACGAAGUUCCAUUAAUAUGCUCAGCUCCAAUAAAGUAUCAAUUUGCAAAUUAUUCAAACUCAAACUAUGCUAGCAAUGGGAGAGGGCAGAUGAGGUUUCUGCUGAUUAAUCAACGAGCAGACUUUUCCUUUGGAUUGUUUGGUGGUGGUCUUGAAAAUCCAAAGUUGAUUGCAAUAUCAAAUGUGAUUUCUUUUUCGAAUCCAAAAGCUCCAGUUUAUCCAAGGCUUGCACUGGGGAAGUCUUGGAAUGAGAUGACUGUCACAUGGACUAGUGGGUAUGGUACAAACGAGGCACUUCCUUUUGUGGAAUGGGGACCAAAGUGGGGAAGCCUAACACGGUCACCAGCUGGGACACUCACAUUCAAUCGUGGAAGCAUGUGUGGUUCCCCAGCUCGCACAUAUGGCUGGAGAGAUCCUGGCUUUAUCCACACAAGUUUCUUGAAGGAACUAUGGCCAAAUGCGGAGUACACCUACAAGUUGGGUCACCAGUUGUUUAAUGGAUCUUAUAUUUGGAGCAAGACCUAUUCCUUCCAAGCAUCUCCUUUUCCAGGACAGAAUUCUGUGCAACAAGUGAUAAUCUUCGGUGACAUGGGAAAGGCAGAGCGCGAUGGGUCCAAUGAAUUUAACAACUACCAGCCUGGCUCAUUGAAUACCACAGAUAUGAUCGUCAAGGACUUGGACAAUAUUGAUAUUGUGUUUCACAUUGGAGAUAUCACCUAUGCAAAUGGAUACCUAUCACAGUGGGAUCAAUUUACAGCACAAGUGGAGCCAAUUACAUCGAGGGUUCCUUACAUGGUCGCAAGUGGCAAUCAUGAAAGAGAUUGGCCGAAUACAGGAUCAUUCUAUUCAACAUUAGACUCGGGAGGGGAAUGUGGCGUGUUAGCAGAAACCAUGUACUAUGUGCCUGCUGAGAACAGAGCCAAGUACUGGUAUUCCACGGACUUUGGUAUGUUCCAUUUCUGCAUAGCUGACUCUGAGCAAGACUGGAGAGAAGGCUCUGAGCAGUACAAGUUCAUUGAGCAAUGUCUUGCAUCGGCUGACAGGAAGCAUCAGCCGUGGCUGAUAUUUAUCGCUCACCGUGUUCUCGGUUACUCUUCUGGUGAGGGUUACGCUUCCGAAGGGUCAUAUGCAGAACCCAUGGGAAGGGAGAGCCUCCAGAAGCUAUGGCAAAAGUAUAGGGUGGACAUUGCCUUCUACGGCCAUGUGCAUAACUACGAGAGAACCUGUCCAAUUUAUCAGAACCAAUGCGUGAACAAUGGAGUGUCUCAUUACUCUGGCACGAUGAACGGAACCAUCCAUGUCGUGGCCGGCGGAGGCGGCAGCCAUUUGUCAAACUUUGGGGAACUGGUGCCUAGCUGGAGCCUCAAGAGAGACGUGGAUUAUGGCUUUGUUAAGCUCACGGCUUUUAACCAUUCUUCUCUCCUUUUUGAGUACAAGAGGAGCAGCGACGGGAGUGUGCAUGAUUCCUUCACCAUUUCCAGAGACUACAGGGAUGUUCUGGCAUGCGUACAUGAUAGUUGCUCGCCCACAACAUUAGCCACUUAGUCGAUAAUUUUAAUGUUUAGAAUUGUUUGUUUUAAUUAAGAGAGACACUCCAUCAUCCAUUAAAAAAUAAUAAUAUUAUUAAUUGCUUAUAA